UUGCAGAACUACAUAGAACAGGCUCUGAAUAAUCCAACGUCAGAGCUGCUGAAUCUUUGGUUUUGCGUCGGCUUCCUCCUUCGGCGGCUGCAGGACUCGGAGCUUCACUUCAGUUUGUCAUCGAGGAGGGUUUCAAUCUGCCGUCUGCUCUCUCAGCUUCGUCAUCAUGCUCCAUCGUUGUCUUCUCGUGAUCGGCGCCCUGCUCUCAUUGGCCACCCACCUGCUGGUUGCCAUGGAGUCCUGCCGGGCAACAGGGAUGCCCGGGAUGCCAGGUAUUCCUGGGCUGCCUGGCAGAGACGGUCGUGACGGAGAGAGAGGACAGAAAGGACAGUCAGGAGUGGCGUGGCAAGGCGGCCUCGGCCCUCAGAAGGGAGAGAAGGGGGUCCCGGGCCUGCCUGGGGGCCCUGGUAAACGAGGACAGAGUGGGGAACCGGGAAAACCAGGGGUCCCAGGGGUUGGUGGACCUCCAGGGGGACCAGGAGAACCAGGGACUGUUGGAGUCCAGCAGCGGGCGGCCUUCAGUGUGGCCAGAGGAACCGACGAAUACCCGGAGAGAGCCAGCGUCAUCCGGUUCACCAAAGUCAUCACCAACAUCAACAAUGACUACGACACCACGACAGGACACUUCAGGUGUCGGGUCUCGGGAACGUACUACUUUGUGUACCACGCCUCUUUGGAUGACCGACUGUGUGUGCUGAUGAAGGCGGGCCAAACACUGCUGGCGUCGUUCUGCGAUCAUCGACGCACCAGAAGACAGGUGACUACGGGCAGCCUGGCGGUCUACCUGUCGAGGGAUCAGGAGGUUUGGCUGGAGACUAAAGACUACAGAGGGAUGAGAGGAAAACCGGCAGGUUACAGCAUCUUCUCCGGCUUCCUGCUGCACCCUCACUGACCAACAGGACGGGAAACACAAAACAGCAUUUUUCCUCACUUUUAAUAAACAGUUUUACAACAGCAGUCUAAGUCUGAAACUACAGCUUCAAUAAAGUCCUCCCUUUCUUCACACAGA